AUGAAUGCGCCCCGGAUAGCACUGGAGCGGACUGUGCCGUCGCUGCUCUUCAGCCGCUCUGCGCUGGCAUCCUCGCGCGCCGCCACACCGUGCCAGCAUCUGCUGCGGCAAUUCUCGCAGUCAAAGUACUGGAGUGCCGCGUCGGAAAAGCUCUCGACCGGCCAAGCAUACCAACCAUACCCGCUCACCCGCCCUCCGCCACAGCCGCGCAGUGAUGAUAUCCCCGAGACCUCGAUCGCCAGCCCGCUACCCAAGGUCCACGAGACUAGACCUCCCCAGCAGCCUACCACGGCAGCAAGCACAACGCCACCGACGACGGGCCACCCGGAGGCUGCGGCCGCCUCCAUCCCGGAAGCCGAGGCGCAAAAGUCAAAGCCGGCACCAGAGAGAAAGCGCAAGCUGAGGCCUCGCAAGGCGGCCAUGAAGUUGACGCCAGCCGCCGUGGAGCAGCUACGUGAGAUGCUGGAGGGGCCCGAGCCCAAGAUGAUCAAGGUCGGCGUGCGGAAUAGGGGAUGCAGCGGGCUUGCCUACCAUCUCGACUAUGUAGACAAGGCAGGGCCCUUUGAUGAGGCAGUGGAGCAGGAUGGCGUCAAAGUGCUGAUCGACAGCAAGGCCCUCUUCAGCAUCAUUGGCAGCGAGAUGGACUGGGUCGAAGACAAGUUGAGCCAGAGGUUCACGUUCAAGAACCCAAACAUCAAGGAGGAAUGCGGUUGUGGAGAGUCAUUCAUGGUGUAA